AUGAUUUCCACCCACCAUGGAGAAGCUCCACCUUGUCUGUUUGGCUGGGCUGCAGCCCUGCUCUGUGAGCUGCGCGUGGAGAAGGCUGUGCUGUCGGGUGCCUGGCCCGAGCUUCGCGCUGCGUUGGCUGCGGCUGACUCCGAGGACACGGCAUUUGAGGAAGAAGGGCGCCAGGUGCUCUCGGCACUCCUGGCUGGUGACGAGAGGUCGGUGGCCCGGCUCACGGCCAAAGGCCGCUGGGCGCUGCGUGGGCACCGGGCUCUCACGCUGCUCGAAUCUUCCGGCUGGGCCAGCUUGGAGGACGUAUUGGAGGCUUUGCCAGAUGGUGAAAUCGGUCCAGUGCUGGACGGCCAUGCUCUCGCACGAGCACAGGCCUUCCUGCAUCAGGUCACUGCUGGUACCGUGAGGUUGCAAGGAGAGGUUGAAGACUUCAAAGAAGGACCUCCGGUUUUGCGGGUAUGGGCCACAAGCACCCACCCGACAUUGCUCCUGGAACCACUCAGCAUUUGGACGGGCUUUAUAAAGCUUGAAGCCACGCUCUGCGUCCGCGGCGGUUGUGCAGCCGAACUUCCCGGUGUGACAUGCGUGGAGGGCGGGCUGGUGAACGAGAUCCUGCAGAGGCAUCUGGGCACGCUGGAGGAUUCUCUGGGACAUUUCCCACUCCUUCCCAGCCUCGACAACUUCCGCACGGACUUCGAGGAAAGCAACUUCGCCUCGGAAAUUCAAGCAGAUGUGCUUCUUUGCGGCGAGCCGGCCUUCAGCUGCCUCCUGUUCGCCGAGUUGAACAGGACUGUCCUUGGAUAUGUGGGCAACCCGCUAGGUGCAUACUUGACUGCGGAUGACCAGAUGCAGUUCUACAGCUUUGUCGCGCAAGUACCCCAGCGCACCUCGUCAUUGCACGCUGCACUGCAAUUGGUUUUCAUGGCACCUCCGAUAGCCGCCCAGGGCUACUGGCAGACUGGCGUGAGAUUGCCCGUCGUGAGGCCUGUGGCGCUGUAUGCGAAAUCUUCGCAGCCAAAGCACAUGCGCAGCAGCGAGGAUAUCUUGAUAACCAAGCAGGUCUUCACGUUCUGGGAUUUCCAAUGUCUUCUCAACGCGGCCCUACCAUCUUGGGCAUGGGGGAAAUGGAGCUUCCGCUACAUGACCCACCUGAAGGACCGAUCUUGGGGAGCCUGGGCGUCUUAUCGCGCUGCGGUCGUUUUGCCUUACGACCCGCAGACCCUGGUUUUCUAUGAGCUGUACAGCCUCUCCAUGCCUCUGCUGGUGCCCAGCAAGGAACUGCUGCCGCUUUUCUUCGCACGGAGCUACGGCCAGGAUGGCAGCACGGCGGUCCAGCGGAGAGGCUGGGCCUUGCAGCGCAGCGGGGCCGCUUGGGGCCGGUGGCACGAGGAGGCUAGCUUCAACGAGCUUCGUUGGUGGGCCCAUCUCAGCGAUGUUGCACAACUUCCUCACUUGCUAGCAUUCGCCUCAGCCAUGAGCCUGGUCUUCCUUGGCUCAGCUGAUGGGGCUUCUUGA